AUGUCCCUGCCAUCAAAACGUGAUUCCGAAUCAAAACCACCAAAGAAGAAAAAACGGUCACUUGGUCAUUUUCCAUGUCGUCAUUGUGAUAAAGUAUUCACUCGUUCUGACCAUUUGGCCAGGCACAAUCUCAAUCAUGAACCAAAAGAAGUUUACGUAUGUGAUUUCCAAAUCGAAUCCAAUGGCAAAAUGCAACAUUGUGGUAAAAGAUUUGUCAGAAAAGAUUUAAAAGAACGCCAUGUCAAGAGACAUUACGAGUUACAAGAGCUUGACGCAUUGAACAAACUGCAACAGAAGAUACAUAAUCACCCUACUUCGUCUGUAAAUGAGUCGACACCUGAAGGGUCGACUCAUUUAUUCCAGCAACCCACGCUUACUUCAUCUAUGGAGUCACCCCAAUACCCCUUGACAACAAACUUGGCUACAAAUAUCAUCCCGAAUCAAUUUGAUUUAGAUUCAUUGAGAAACAAUGGCACCACAUUGCCUCAAAAUGAUAUCUUAACCUGGCUAUUUGAUAUUCCACAGUUUGACAACAACUCGCAAAGAGGCAACUUAUAUCAGCACACAAUCCACAACAACGCCCCACAACCAUUUGCUCCUCCUCCACCAUUAGGAACUCUCGAGGACCAGCUUGUAACAGCAUAUGACUUUAACGUAUUUCCUAACGAAAAUAAUCCUUUGGACGAUCUAUUAUCGCGGCAAAUUUUAAUGAAAGACGACCAAAUGCGUAAGCUAUCGCAAGUUAGUGAUAGUUUGCAAACUUAUCUGAGCAUCACCACCAACUCAUCUCCCGCCACCACUGAAACCAUCGUAGGGCAAGAAGCGCAACUACAAGAUACCGAAGAUACCGUUGAUUUUGAUAUAUUUGAGAUUACGAAUUUGCUUGGACUUAACGUUGAACAAGUACUGGAGAUUUGCAAUAUAAAACGCUUGUCAGUAUACCUCAGAAAUUACUGGUCCAUGUUUCAUCCACAGUUUAACUUUAUGCAUGGGCCUUCGUUUGACUUGAAAUCCCAUCCGCUUCUCUUAGCAUCCAUGAUCAUCACCGGCGCACUGUGUUUUAAUGGCAGUGAAACUACAGAAUACUUAAUAGCACAGUUAUUUGCAGAAGAAUUACGUUACGCUAUAUUCAAGCAUGACGAUUUUCUUCAACUGAAACCAUGGGUAAUACAAGCUUUGAAUUUACUCGAGUUGGUUGAGAAAAAUUUUCUUUCUAGGAGAUUUCAUCAAAGAGGCCACGUCCAUCAUGGCGCUACAGUUCAACUUCUACGAAGAAGUCCCAUGAUGGGAGGCAACCCUUCGGCUAUUAAACGAGCCACCAGUAAUGGCUCGACAUCUGCCGAGGAAAGCGAUUCAAACGUCGAAGAAGAGGUCAAUACUGACAUGGACCUUUAUAUACGAUGGGUUGAGUCUGAAUCAUUGCGACGAGUUACAUUCAUGACAUUUUAUUUGGAUAUCACCGAUUACGUCAAAUUCAGACAUAAUCCACACAUUGAAUUCAGUCAACUCCAAUUACUAAACCUCCCGUGUGACGAGCGCCUUUGGGAAUCCAUAACCAUUAAUGGCUCAUUUAAGAAAUUGGCGAGACUCCAAAAAAAGUUGCAGACAAAUCAAAAGACUUUUUUAACCGGAUUGAAGGAGCUUUUAAGAGGGCAAUAUCAGAGCUUGAAAUCUUACCCUCUAUUUACUCAAAAGAUACUCUUGGCUGGGCUAGUAUCUUUAAUGUUUCUGCAAAGUGAAAUGAAUAAUUCAUUAUUCAGAAACAACUCCAAUAAAUCAUGGAAGGAAAACGUUAUCAGCACAUUUGAUUCCUGUCUUGAUAUUGUCCUGAAUCUCGACCACAGACGCUUGUACCGACCAUUUGAUGUCUUUUAUCUCGCCAAAAUCAUGGCAUGCGACAUCAAUCAUUAUGAUCUAGCAAUUUUUGCCGGUGCUCCGGCUAAUCAAAGUGUCGCAGCUACAAAGAAAGACAAAAAGAUUGUCGAGCGUAAGAUGAAGAAUGUUUGGUCACACAAAAGAAGUCUCGAUUGCGUCGUUCAGAGCUACAAGUUUUUAUGGGACGUUUUGUUGGGAGAGGAAAAUUGGGAUUCUAAUAGAAGCAGCGAUUGUUCUUUUACCCUCGGCCAUGCCAUGUUGAUGUUAUGGGCGUACUGUUUUGUAGUAGGUGGAAAAGAAAGUUCACGGUAUCGGGAAUUCCCUAAAGAUGCCACUUAUACUCAAAUGAUUGCAUUCAGUGCUGAAGAUGGCUAUAGUUAUUUGGCCAGAACUAGGGAAGAGUAUUAUAACGGAAGUAGUAAGUUAUCAUUUAUCAAAAACAAACAAAACAUCUCAGGUUUGUGCUUUUUAGUGGGAACAAAAUUGAGAAUGAGCCAUUGGGAGGUUAAUCGAGAAAGUGCGAAGUUAAUUUUAAAUUGUGGUUUUAGAUCAAUCGGGAAGGAAUCUGUCUUGUGUUUAGAUCUCUUUGAUAAUUAA